UGAUUUCAUCUGUGAUUAGGCAAAAUGUAUUAAUAACAUCCCCCGCCGCGUGUCGCCGGGGGGGCGGGAGGUGGAGCUGGGGCAGGAUAAGAGCUGGGGCUCGGCGGGGACCGGGGCAAACCCCCAGCUGCCACCCCUGCACCCCGAGAGCCUCGGGGGGACGAGGACCCGCUGGAAAUGGCUGCGCUGUGCCGCGGGGUGCUGCUGCCCGUCCUGCUGCUGCCCUGGGUGAGCACCGGGCAGGGGCUGAGCCUCCCGUGGGACCCGGCGGUGCCCGACGCACCCGCACGCUUCCCCUGGGACGGGGGCGAGCCGGCCGCCUGGGAAAGCAUGGGCACCAAGGGGCUGCUGCGGGGUCUCCCCAAAAGAAGCGACCACAACUCCGUGGAAGGCUCCGAGCCGGACCAAGCCACCCUGCUGCUGGAGGAGUCCGUGAGAAAAGCCUUCCCCUGGCUGGCCAGCCCCGGGGCUGGCGGGCACGCGCCGGUGAAAAAGAGCAGCACGGCGAAAAAGGUGUCCCUGUCCCUCGACGUCCCCACGCACAUCCUGAAAAUCCUGCUCGACCUGGCCAGGGAGAAGGAGCUGCAAGCCAAGGCGGCCGCCAACGCCGAGCUGAUGGCACGCAUCGGGCGCAGGUGA